CCCGGAGUUGUCAAGUAAAGUUACUCUCCCACCUAGAAAGGUGUCCAAGUAAAUGGUAAUGUGUCGGAGAUAGAGACCAGGUUUACACAGAUUCUAAAGUGAUCUGGAUUACACAAUCAAAUGAUUAGUUACAGGGAUAUGCUCGUAGUUUGUGUCUAGACCGGAUUUACCCGCCGAGCUAGCCGUGCCGACGGGCACCUGUGUUGGUGGUACCCAUGUGUUUAUGUGUCUGUAACUUGAUGGAUUAGUGUUUACAUGUACUGUGGAAUUAUGGGUACUCUAGUGAUGCAGACCGAGCUGGGAACACUGGAGACGGGACUCAAGGAUCUUAAAAGGUCACGUCUGAUGGGAGUCCAGGAGUUCAAGGACAUGUAUGGGGCCAUAGAGGAGCACCAUCGUGACCUCAAAUUGGCCCACCUGACUGGGAAGGCUCGUGACCUCCUUGAAAAGGCUGCGAGAGAUACCAAGUUUUAUCAUGUCCUGGUCAAAAUGUUAUCAGAAGUAAAACAAUUACGGACAGCAAAACAAAGAGAAUCUUUACAGAAAGUUCAUUCCUGGUACAUGGCGAAUAGACACACUUUAUCAUCUAGACCACGCUUUGGUAAGUCCUUUCAAAUGAAGGAAGCUGAAGAUUUCAAGCAGAAAAUAAUGAAAACUCCACGAAGUGCUCGACUGUCUUCAAAAGACAAGGACAAAUCCAAGCAGCAGAAAGUGACACGACUGUCGUCUGCUGACGGUAUGCGUCAGUUCUUCAGAAACGAAACACCUUCAUCCAGAGCAGGCGGAACACCUAAUCGGGGACCCCCAGUCAUACACGACCUCCCGUCCAACACAGAUUAUGUCAGUGAAUACCUCUCCGCAAGUUUUUUCAAUGGAAGUACUGUUUUCAAUCAACAUUUUGUGACGGACAUGCCCCCUGGUACAAAAGUGGUCGUCAAUCAACUGCCUCAGAAUGCUGUGGAUGACAUUCAUGUCCUAAGUCCGACACUCCUGGACAGACCAGAGUCCGAGUUACAGCGCCUGGCAUCCCCACAGGAUGAUAUCGGUGAUGACACUCCACACCGGGAAUUAGACGACGCCUCUAACAUCACUCCUCAUUAUAUCGAGAGCCUCAUCAGUGAGAGUCACCGUGGUGAUAAGGACCUCGAUGAUGAGGUUGUGAACACGGAUGCCGAGGACAUGGAUUUUCCUGAGACAAGGCGAAAAUUAUCUCGUGCCCAAACUCCUUCUGCCAGUAUUAGGCCGACCAUCACAGACAGGUCCUCCAAUGUGUCCAAUGCUGCAUUCCUGCCCAAGAAGAUGAUACACCCGAUAGCGAGUCUGGUGAACCCUCACGCACAGCUGGCGGCUCAGGAGGCUGAGCAAGCAGAACAGGAAUAUGUUGCUGCUCGAGAAAACAUGGCAUCAUCCAUGAGGGUGUUGUCUGGGAGCAAGAGUCGGCAUCAACAGCAGCAUGUAGGUGAAGGUCAUCAUCAUAGAGAUGGUUUACCUAUAUUUAGACCAACAACCGGGAGUCCAAAAAUUGAGAACUGGAAGUCAUUCAACAAGGACUGGACAUAUGGCCAAGAUAUUCUAAGAAGUAAUGUAAGCCCGAGUUGUAGGGCUUACCCUAAAGGUAAGCUGAACUUUGUCGGACGUAGUGGUACUGCGAUUGACGUGCGUUAUGCCGCCCAUGAUCAGGGUGAGGCUCCGGAGUCUGAGACCCCACAGGUUCUGGCUUUCUACACCUCCCAGAACCCUGACAACAAGGAGCCUGAAGUAUUGGGACCCCUGCCAAUCGAGGUCAAUCCUGUUAAAUCAAUCAAUCAUCAGGAACUAGAAGAGUUCUACCAGUUUACAGAUGGCCAUUACCCAGCAAAACUACCAAAGUACCGACCCUACUCCUCACCCAGUAAAUCCUCUCCCAGGUCAGAGGUCAAGGACAAAAAGACGGAGCACAAAAUACAACAAAAAGUGCAGCCACUGGGCAGGAGGCUUCUCAACAACAAAGAAAAUGAGGAAAAGCCUUCUGAAGAGAAGGAGCUAGAGGUUGUUGGUACUGGUCAUUUGGUUCGACUGGACCAAGUGGUCACAAUGAUAGAUGAUGUAACAGAGGAUAUGGCUCACUAUAAAGAGAAGCUUGCCCCGACCCCACAGCCUGGGUUCCGUCAGCCUUCCAGUAUGGGUGUUCCCAUGAGACCUCUGUCUCGCCCCAGUACUGCCACUGGGGUUCGAUCAGCCAGCCCUGUUGUCACCGGCUACCCCCAGGGGAUGAGGUCUGCAUCACCAACUUUCCACGUCCACAAUGCCAUGCGGUCUACUAGUCCAGUACAGCGGUCCAACACACCAACUCAGCCAGUCGCAUCUGCCGAUGUUGUCGUGUCACGACCUUUCUUCCUGACCUCUAACCCAUUCACAAGCCGUGAUAUACUCAUACCCUCUCCUGAUGCACCUGAAAAAUUCACUCCCCAAAAGUCUGUUUCCACACCAACUAACUCUGUGAUUCAGGCCAUAGACUGGCGAGGCAAAAUCAUCCCGGACUCCAUGCGAUACAAGUGGCAAGCCACACGGUUCGGUGGUCACACUUAUGUGAAAAACCUGGCCAAGUCAAAGCGCCCUGUAGGAGCUACGCAUGCAGGCAAGCGACCCCGUACAGCACCUGUCACUGCACGAGAACGUUGGAAAACAGAAAAGCCAAGCGACCAGAAUACCCGAAUCGCAUCACAGGCGGCGACCAACAGUAUGAUGCAGGUUGAUCAGGAAGCUGUUGACUCCAUGAUGGUAGUACAGCACAUCCUCGGCAGUAGUGACUCGAGAAUGGGAUCCUAUGGUGACCUGUUUCUAGAUGAGGAGUUCCUGAGAUCCUUCCAUAUGAAGCAUUCCUCCACUAUGACCACCAUGGCUAACACCCCUGUUCCCAUGGAAUAUGUAUCAAUUGUGUCAAAUGCUCCACGCUCCAUCAUCGAUAGCAGGGCGCAAAGUCGCCAUUCCAGAUUUUCGGAACGACCAGAGAGCCAGUUUCAGGAUUUCCAGUUACACGAGGACGAGCGUGAAGGGAACACAACUGGAACCUGCACACCUCGGGCUGACUGGGCAAAGCCUGUGGAAGGGGCGGAGCCAGUGGAAGGGGCGGAGCCAGAGGAAGGGGCCGAAAACACAACAGAGCCAGAUCGCAUCAGUCUCCUUCUCCCUGCCAAUAGCCAGGAUCCUCAGGCGUCCAAUGACUCACUCAAGGUGGUGGAGGAUGUUACAACUCAGACCGACGACUUGGAGGAGGAUUUAAGAAAAGCGUUUGAGGAAUCCGAUGACCAGGAGCUGCGUCUGAACCUCAACCCUGACCGAGAUAUCGGUGUGAUUAACGAGGAGAGGAGUGAUGUAGAGGUCUCCAGGGAAACCACUCCUGUCGGCCCGUCAGUGCCACGCCCAGUAGAACACCACACUGAGGACCUUCACGAUGGGGAGGUACACAUAGAGGUGACCUCUAUUCCACCCGGAGGUCGUGCACCGACACCCCCAAAGCGGCGAGAUACUCCACUCCAGGAACUCUGCAAGUCCGAGGAGUGGCACUUCUCGCCUGAUGUGGAGACAGAUCGCGAUUUAAUAGAACGGAGGAAAGUUAAUCCAUUCUACCAGGUGAAGGGAUCAAAUCUCCACUGGUCAAAAUUAACGAUAAAACCUGAAAAUUACUGUUUUGAGUGUAUUCCUGACAGCAUGUCGACAAAAAUUGGACGUUCAGCUGGCAGGAUGCCUGGGCGUACACAGAGUGCGUCAUCACAAGUGUUACGAAUGGCUCGCAAGCAAAACGAGUAUUUUAAGAGGGCACCACCUGUCAGAACUCCACCCUCUAUACCUAGUCCUUACCAUACUCAGCGAACCGUGAAAGAGUCACCACGUUAUGGACAAACAUAUAACUCGGGACUCGAGCAUCAUGCUCGGUCUGUUCAUAGUCCUCGACACUUCAUGGAACAUGUGAGCGAUCUUCGUAAGGACAUCCGGUCAGCCCCAGCAGGCAGUCAGUUUGCGAAUAAUGAUCCCCUCGGGGCCUCUCUACAGGUCAGUCGACUGGAUGUGCCGUCUCGAGAGAAUACCAUGCCGGACAUGUAUAAUGGGGACAGUGUGUACUACUUUAAAGGUCACCCCCCUAUGUCUAUACUCCGGGAACAAACUGUGCCAGAGGAGGCAGUGGAGGGAGGAAGAGAGGCAACUCAAACUAGUCAAGUGGAAGCAACAGAAGAAAACUCAAAACGUGUUGGAUUUAAAAUGGAUAACGAAAAAAGCAAUGUAUCAAAGACAACAACCAAUCCCGGAUUUCUUUCGAGUCGUGAUAGAACUCUCACACAAACAUCCAUCGCUCACAUAGGCCGACCCAUCGCCCAGUACACACAGAUAGGAGAUCCUGAUGAAGUUAAAGCCGCCGCUCAAGUUCAGAGAGAGGCUAAGGCAGUUGUGGACAUACAGAGAAUAUUCCGCGGAUACGUAGCGAGGAACAGAUACAAAAUGCUGCUGAGAGAGGAGACAGAGAAAAGAGAAAAUGAACGGAUGGCACAAAAUGCUAACAAUAAAAAAUACAAAGAACAUCUAAAUGCAAAAGCAGAGAUAUACAACCGCCCACCUCGGACAGCAGAGGAGAAGGAGUGGACAGAUAAAGUGAAAAAGAUUAAGGAGGAGAAGGCAGAAAUUCGUCAGAAGAAAAUGGGCGAGCUGGCAGAUAAAAACGCUAAAAACUUCCUUCAAGCCUCGUCAAAGCUCUCCGUCAUUGGACCGCAUGUAAACAUAUAUGAAAUCUACCAUCCAAAGCAGGUGGGGCCAACAAAACAGGAGUUGUCCCACUCUGCCACACAUAUACAGAGACACAUCCGAGGCUUCCUAGUCAGGAAAAAGUUUGAGAAGUUGAAGAGAAAGGCUAAGUGGUACGGAACAACAUGGCAGAAGAUGGUGAGGGAUUACAAGGGAACACUGGCACGCUGUCAGCGUAGACAUGGCGUCGAGCGUGCAAGGACACCAUUCACAUUCAAGGACAUGAGUGACUACAUGGACAUGAGGAGAAGGUAUGAGAGUGUGUUUGACAAGAAAGCUUAUGGAGGUGAGCUAGAGGUCUCCGACAUGGAUCAGUUUUUCCGUGAAUGCGAUCUUUACCCAUCGAGGACUGAAAUUGAUGAGGGAAUUGAUGUGAUCUUGCAAGGUCAAGUAAACAAAAGACGUGGGUUGAAGAAGUCUGAAAUGUUGGAACUGGUCUUCUACAUCUAUGUUCCUAAGGCGACAGGUCUGAAGAACACUCGCCAGUCCACGUGGAUGAAUCCCAUCAUCGACGGAGUAGAGGCUCGUAAAUUGCUAGGAUAUUCAUCUUCAUCUAAAAAGGAGUUGUUAAAAAUCUCAGGGUUCACCAAUGAGAAAGGGGAGAUAAUAAGAAGUGAAUUUGUGGAACCAGCUCCUCUGGAAGUGUGUGCCAAACUUGUCAUCGACUCCAAACGGGAACGAAGAGAGCGAGAAAGAGCUGAACAGAAUAAGCAGGAACAAGCGAAACUGGACGCCAUCAAGGCGUCAGUGAAGGAGCGUCGGAUGAAAGUGUCGGAUAACAUGAGUGACACCAGCAGUACAACAACAGUGGACUAAAUACAUUCCUUCUACAGACACUAAUAUCACACCAAAAGUCAGACAUAAGGGUUUACCUCGGGAAUCACUAGGACUAAUAUCACACCAAAAGUUGGACAGAAGGGUUUACCUCGGGAAUAACUAGGACUAAUAUCACACCAAAAGUCAGACAUAAGAGUUUACCUCCGGAAACAUUAGGACUAAUAUCACACCAAAAGUCGGACAUAAUGGUUUACCUCCGGAAACAUUAGGACUAAUAUCACACCAAAAGUCAGACAGAAGGGUUUACCUCGGGAAUCACUAGGACUAAUAUCACACCAAAAGUCGGACAUAAGGGUUUACCUCGGGAAUAACUAGGACUAAUAUCACACCAAAAGUCAGACAUAACGGUUUACCUCCGGAAACAUUAGGACUAAUAUCACACCAAAAGUCGGACAGAAGGGUUUACCUCGGGAAUCACUAGGACUAAUAUCACACCAAAAGUCAGACAUAAGGGUUUACCUCCGGAAACAUUAGGACUAAUAUCACACCAAAAGUCGGACAGAAGGGUUUACCUCGGGAAUCACUAGGACUAAUAUCACACCAAAAGUCAGACAUAACGGUUUACCUCGGGAAUCAUUAGGACUAAUAUCACACCAAAAGUCGGACAGAAGGGUUUACCUCGGGAAUCACUAGGACUAAUAUCACACCAAAAGUCAGACAUAAGGGUUUACCUCGGGAAUCACUAGGACUAAUAUCACACCAAAAGUCGGACAUAAGGGUUUACCUCGGGAAUCACUAGGACUAAUAUCACACCAAAAGUCGGACAUAAGGGUUUACCUCGGGAAUAACUAGGACUAAUAUCACACCAAAAGUGGGACAGAACGGUUUACCUCGGGAAUCACUAGGAAUUCCAUCUGACCUUUUGUUUGGAUUGUUAAUAUGUGAAGGACAGUUCAACUGGAAGUGACAAGGAAAAUCAGUUGUGUGACUUUACUCUGAUAAAUUAUAAAUUCACUGGAGUCUGAUUCAGUAGCCUGUUUAUAGAAAUGUAUCAACAUUUGAAAUAUGUUGGCAAAACCUGUGUCAGCUAAAGACUGAGGUAUUCAUUGAUGAUGUUACAAGGAUGUGGAGACAAUGUACUUAAAUGAUUAGCUUUGAGUGUUACAACACAUCAUGAAGUUUUAGUUGUAUAUUAUUUAAACAUCCAUGAGAACCGGUGUCCCCGGAGUAUUAAACCUGCAAGUAUUGUUAUUGUUAGACGACAACUAAAGUACAUCUGUACCAUAUCGCUAUGUAUACAUUUUCAAAUAAUAACAACGAAACAUAUACAUGUCCAAGAAAACAGUAUUCACAUAUGAUGUCCAAUAACUGCAAUGGUGUAGCCAUAAUUCAGCAGUAAUUUAAGUGCUAAAAUAUACUUAUCACAGAAAUAUGAUUACCAUAGAAAUAUGCUUACCACAGAAAUACGCUUACCACAGAAAUAUGCUUACCACAGAAAUACACUUACCACAGAAAUAUGCUUACUACUGAAACAUGAUUACUACAGAAAUUAUAUAUGCUUACCACAGAAAUAUACUUACCACUGAAAUAUACUUACCACAGAAAUAUGAUUACUACAGAAAUACAUGUAUGCUUAUCACAGAAAUACGUUUACCACUGACAUAUACUUACCGCUGAAAUGUGCUUACCACAGAAAUAUACUUACCACUGAAAUAUGAUUACUACUGAAAUAUUAUAAUAGGAUAGCUGCAAACUUAACAUUGAUGCUAAAGUAUGAUUACCACUUUGAUAUAGAAGAUGUAGGUUUGAAGAAUAAUUAUAAUCCCAUUGUCUAUGAUUUCAAUACUGAUCAAGUGUUUGUGUGAUUUAGAAUGGAUCUGACUCUCUCGUAUGUUUAUCAUAAUUCACCUUGCGUGGCUAGGUAGGUCAUAUAUUUUCUGAAAUCUUUUAAUUCACCCUUUAUACAGAGACCGCUUGAUUGAGUUCCUUAAAUUGGUAAAGUGGUUUCUGUUUAUAAUUUGAUGUUUUCAUGUGUCCAUGAACUAUUCAGAUUUUGACAACUGGGCCUCAGGUGCUUGAAGAUACAAUUUGCUGUAAAAAGAAAGCAGUAUUUUAACAGUAGUUUUACAAGGUUUGGGGGAGGGGGGCUUUGAUAUCAUAUCAUAAGCUCAAAUCAAACUGCUUAACAUAUAUUUGAGAAUUAUUUCAAACUGUGUUAUAUGUGUUAUAAAGGUUUUAUUUCCUCUGUUUAUCAGUUUGUUGUUCAUGCUUAUAGUAGCUAGACCAUUUGUAUCCCUUAGAGGGAUAGAAUACACUGCUGAAAAAUUAAUUGUUUUAGGAUUGUAUUUAAAAUGUAACCUUCUAAAUUAAUUAUUGUCAAAAAGAGAGUAGAGAGAAAAUGAUAUGUAAUUGUACAUAUCAAGUACAGAUUGAGUACCGUAUUUAUCCUAAAAUAACCAGACAUGUUGAUAAAAGUAGAGGGUGGACAACUGUAGGAAAAUAAAAUGGCACUUACUAGCAUUACUAAGAUAUUGUCAAUUAUUGAGCUGCGAUAUGGGUGGGCUUGUUCCCAGGCAUGGGCUUAUUGCUGGUUAAAUACGGUACGGUAACAUAUAUUUAUUUUUUGUCUUUAAGUGUAAAGAUUAUAGCAAAGCUGUGAUAUAUAAUACCUGUAAUAUGCAUUUCAUAUGAAAUUAUUUAUACAUAUAUUAAACAUAAUUUAUGAUUAAACCUUUAUAAAUGUGGUUUUACUUGCAUGUUUUAUUUUCAUGUCCGAAAAUUGAAAAACUGCUGAAUGUAAUGAUUAUGGCUGAAAAUGAACAGGGUCUAAAAGUUGAGUGAAUGAAGAAAAGAGAUGUGUGACAUAAACUUGUUAUUUAGGUUUUAAAUUAACAUGUAUAAAAUGGAAGUAUCAAUAUUUUAAUACAGGUCGUUUUAGGUGUUAAGUUAACAUGUAUAAAUAAAAAUCACAAUAUUUACUGGUCAUUUUAGGUGUUAAAUUAUGUAUAGAAUAGAAAUAACGACAAAUUUGGUAUCAUCCACAUUUGAUAGAAAUUUACCAAUUGUAUUUAUAUUGGUGAUGUUUUACCUUUACCAGUUUACCUUGUUUUGAUGUAUCAGAUAAAACACUGACUUUGUUAUCUAUGUAGGAAUGUGCCAAGGUGCUUCACUUGGUCUCUACAUUUCAUCUUUUUUUUUUUAUGCUGUUUUUGAUAAAGUGAUAUAUAGUUAUAUAAUUAUUUUUUUGUUUGAUGAUUGAUGAUUGUCUUUAUGUUAUAAACACUUGCUCAGUUUUUCUGGUGUAAAAAUAGACAGGAAAAUAAACAGGGAGAUUUAAAUAACUACCUGCACAGCAGGUCAUCAACUAGUAUUAUGAAUUAUGUCUUAUCCUAACAGAGGAGAUGAAAUGAGUUUGGUAGAUAACCCUAUAUACAUACUUAUAUCUGAUACAUAUAUCAUCUGAAUAAAGGGUUUUAAUAGUCACCAAGGGAUACAUAUAUCAUCUGAAUAAAGGGUUGUAAUAGUCAUCAAGCGAGGAACUCAACAGGUUCAAAUUAAUACUGUAUUAUAUGGGCUUUAUACAAAUAACAUAUAACAUGUUUUUAAAGCUUUUAUCAGUGUUAUAUGAGAAAAGACUAAAUAAUGUAUGUAUAUCAGAGUAGACUAGGUAAUGUAUGUAUUGAGAGUAAUUAGGUGAUGUACGUAAACCUACAAAUCCUUUGCUCCAUAAUACAGCAUCAUUUACUUUGUUUCAUUUUAUUUAUUUCUAAUGGAGAACAUUACAGUGCUUGAAUCAAUCAUGUCAUUUUAUUAGAUCUAUUGUUUUACAGAAAUUGUACAAUGUUUCAAUCCGUCCUUUUCAUACAAAUGUAAUUUACACACAAAUAAAAUUUGAAAGUCAAGUCA